GGAAGUACCUUACGUGAGCUAUUCUAGGGGUUUAAAUAGUGCCCUCUGAAUGUUCGAAAACCAGAUUCGAUCAAGCUUCUCAGCAAUCAUGGGGCUGAGACUUCUAGCUUUAGCGUGCUUAGUGGGAGCUGCAUUAGCUGGCCCACUCCCCCUUCAGGAGGGUCAGAGACAAUGCGCUAAACAAUGCUCACGAGCAUUAAACCAACCAAAAUUCGGAUAUGAAAUCGGCAAGACUUACACUUAUGAAUACCGAGGCGAAAAUGUAGUAUCUGCUACAGGAAAACCAAGGCAAAAGGCAACAAUCGAAGGUUUAGCUGUUAUUCACGUGGUAGACCAAUGCGAGAUGGUUCUCCAGUUGAAAAACUUGAGAGUUUCGCAAAAACUAUCACCUGAAGAAAUUACUGAACUGACUCAAAAAUUGGAGUUACCAGUACCAUUUUCAUUCAAUGAUGGUGCAGUUGAACAAGUAUGUCCAAGCCAAGAUGAAGAUCUUCAAUCUCUGAACAUCAAAAAGGGAUUGAUUUCAUCUUUCGUAAACACAAUGUCAGAACUCAACAAACCCCAAGAAGUGAAAGAAUUCGACAGCUUAGGACACUGUAUGACUAAAUACACUGUUCAAGGAUCAGAAAUCCGAAAACAAAAGAGUUUGAAGUCAUGUACUAACAGACAUUCAUCAGUCACCGCCAUGAUUACAAACCCAUAUGAAGCUUCUGACUCCAAGAUUCACACUCUUCCAGUAUUCCCUGAUGAGAAAUUGGAGUGCACACAAAUUGUUGAGAACAAAAUUAUCAAGAGUGUUCAAUGCCAAGAGCAUGCCCAAAUCAAACCUCUGAGUCAAAAAUCCAGUAUCAUUAAAUUUGAAGGCCAAGUUGAACUUAAUUUGUUAAGCACCAGUAAUGACGACCAAUUACGAACAUGGCACUCUAACUGGGCACAACAAUCUCAGUCCGAAUCUGAAGAAAGCCCAGAAGCUUCAAGCUCCAAUUACCAUGCUUCGGGGGCCAGACAAUCCCAGCUCAACAAUGCCCAAAACUCACAAGAAUCAAGUAAAAAAUGGCAACAAUCAAUUAUGUUCAACUAUGAGGAACCCAAAAGCGUCAAAAGCCAAGAAAGAGAAACUGAACAGUUAUUGCGUCAAAUGUGCUCCAAAAAUGAACAAUCAAUGGACAUCACCGUCAGCAAGGAUUUCAUCCAACUUGUCAGCCUUGUAAAGGAUUUACCAUACUCAUCCUUGACACGAAUCCACUCUUCAUUGGAGUCUGGUCGAUUGUGCUCAUCAAGGAAAGUACAUGACUUAUUCGUGGACACCUUACCAAUGGCUGGAUCUGAUGCUGCUAUUAAACACAUGGUAAAAUUGUUGGAAAGCAAAGAGAUAACUGGAUUGAAAGCCAAGCUUUGGCCAGCAUCUUUGGCUUUGAUUCCAAAUCCAUCAAGGGAAGCUGUUUCUGAAGUUGUUCCUUUGUUGCGAAUGCAAUCCUCAGAACAAGAAUCAAGCCCACCAUCUCCCGUUAUAUUGCUAGGAGUCUCCGCUAUGGUCCACAGAUUCUGUAGCGUGCAUGAUUGUGAAAAGGAAAGAUCAGUUCAAGAAAUCACUUCAAUCUUAAACCAGCAAAUGGGACGACAAUGCUCCAACGAAAAUGAAGCCCAGAUUCUAGCUGCAUUGAAAGCCUUUGGUAACAUGGGACACCAUGGAAAUGCAGAACAAACCAUUUUGGCAUGUGCACAAGACAAGGACAAAUCUGCUCGUUUGAGGUUGGCUGCCAUUGAUGCUUUCAGACGUAUUACCCAGAAACGACCUGAAAAGUUAGUUCAAAUCUACAGAGAUACUCAAGACAGUUCUGAAAUCAGGAUUGCUGCUUUCUCCAGUGUUAUGAAGCAAUGUGAUGAACAGCAACUUAGAACCAUCAAGCGAACUGUUGAACAAGAAAGGGAUGUACAAGUAUCUGCCUACGUUUCAAGCUACCUCAAGAACAUGAAAACAACCUCAUCUCCAAUGAAGAAGAGUGUAAAACGGGCUUUGGAACAAGUUGAAAUUAACCCACCGAAAGUCAGCUACUGGCAAAAUUCCAAAAACAUUGAAUUCUCCUCCUUCAGUGAAACAUUCAACAUUGGAGGCUCUGUUGAAACUGACAUUGUUCAUUCACCAGAAUCAAAGAUUCCACAAUCCGUAACCGCAAGGUUUGACGCUGAUGUAUUGAACAACAACAUGAACAUUUUUGAAAUUGGAGUCCGAGCUGAAGGUUUCGAUGCCAUCUUCAAGAACUUACUCGGGUUGAAGGAUAAGAUUCCAAAAUCAUCAUCUCCUUGGGAACUCUUUAACUCAGAAAGCGUUUUUGGAGGAGUUGAAGCUGAAGCAUCUGCUUUCAUCAGAACAAUGAACACUGAAAUCUUAGAUAUCUCUUCUUCUGAUAUGUCUGAAGUUGGAGAAAUGAUCAAAAUUGCAGACCUAAUGAACCAACUUGCUCAAGGCAAGAGUUCCGAUUUCUCACAAAGCUUCCUUUUCCUGAAUUCAAAGCUUAUUAUUCCCAGUGUAACAGGUAGAUCAUAUUCUUUGGGAGUAACCGGAAGUGCUACUGUAGGACUUACAGCCACUACUAAAUUAGAUAUCAUGAGAUUCCCACGAAACACUGAUGCUCAUGCACGUUUCCAACCAAGCUUGAACGUUGAGCUGUCUACAACAGUUGGUAUCCAGUCUAACCAGCAUAGACCCGAUAUUAAAUUGUCAACACGUAUGCACUUGGAAUCUAACUUGGAGGCUCAAUUUAAAAUUAGAGAUGGACACUACGCUAUUGCCAGUGUCACACUUCCAACUGAGAAUGUUGUUCUAGCUAGAGUUAGCUCUGAUAUUGUUGAAGUUGAUUCUCACCACCAAGAAAGACCAGUUUUUGAACAGAUGCAGAAGAAGGUUGACUACUGCUUUGACAAACUGCAAAAACCAUUGGGUGUUUCAAUUUGCGGAAUGUUGGAAGUUCCAAAACCUUUUGUGACCAGAUCUUUCCCCUUUAUUAACGCUGGUGUUGGAAGUAUUGAAUUUUCAAUUAAGAAGACUGACCGUAAUCUGAAAUCAUUUGAAUUGAAAUUGGAACGACCAAGACACGCCGCACCUGUUCAGAAGUUCAGAGCAUCUUUUGACACUCCUGGAUCCCAAGUUAAUCGACGAUUUGCUGCCGAGUUGGAUGUAAAACGCCAAGGAGAAGAUUACCAAGAAUAUUCUUUGCAAUUGACAUCUCCAUUUAAGAACGCCGGUGGCUCAGGUUCACUCACUCUCAGACCAGAACUUCUUGAUAGUGUUGUUGAAAUUCACAGUGGAUCAUCACCAUUGCUUUCAUUCAAGGCUUCUUCUCAGAUUUCUUCAUCUCGUGCCAAGAAAGUGUUCAAGCCAUCUGUACAUCUCCAAAUUGGAAGCAAAUCACCUCUUCAAGUUGGUGGAGUCGUUUCUGUCACACACGGAAGAAAACAAGUAAUUUCAAUUGACAUUCAAGCUAACAAGCCUAGUAGACGACCUAUGUCUGUAAGAGGUAGCAUUACAAAAGAGGGAAGCAUUGUUCUUUCUAAGAAAUCCGAAUGGAAAAUAAGCUCUGAUUUGUCUUUUGAAAGUAGCUUCUUUGAGAGUCAAGUCCGAUCUAUGCUUGAAAAACAAUCAAAGCAAGCUGAAACCAUAUCUGCAAGCAUUGAAACAGAAUACAAGAGAGGAUCUCAGAGGCAUUCAAUGUCAUUUUCUGGUACUGCUCAACAGAGUUCAUCUAAAAUUAGUACAAACGCUCAAUUCCAAUCCACUCAAUUCCCUUCUACAAGCUGGAGUUUGAAAUGGGAAAGGCAAGGAAAACCACAUCAGUCAAUGAAAAAUGAUAUUAUUUUGAGGUAUGGCCAAAACCAGGAACGCAGUUUCAUUAGUGUUAAACAGAGUAGCCAUGUUCCAUCAAAAGGACAAGGAAAAUGUAAUGUUGUAGUUAAAGUGCCACAAUUGAACAUUGAUAGUGAGCUGACAGUUACUCAUGAAUUAUCAUCAUCAGAAAGUGCACACAAACUUCAAUUGGAAGCAGAUUUAUGUUACAAAGAGGACAAACACAUCAAGGGAUUCUUACAUUUUGACGCACCAUCUGUUAAACCACUUAGAGCAAGCUCAGAAAUCCAAUUAGAAUUGCCUUCUGGUAAACUGUCAUAUUCUAAUGAAAUUAGAGAAACAAGUUCUAGAAGAUAUGAAGGAAACACACAAAUGCAAUGGAAAGAAAGCAGACCAGUACAAGUUAAAUACAUCUAUCAAGUUUUGAGUGACAGAUCGAAAUUGCAUCAUGAGCUUGACGCUUCACUUCAACUUCCUUCAAGGCAAAGUCCAAUUCAAAGCAAAUGCUCUUUAGAGGUUAGCAGACAGACUGUUAGGAUUGAUGGAUCUUUGAGUUCCCGACGAUCACCCGAUUAUACCAUUCAGGCUGAACUUACUCCAUCUGGAAGAAGUAGCUUGAGACUUCAAACACCAAAAGUUGAUGGAGACUUGAAGAUUCAAAAUGAGCAACAGAAGAAAGCUUUUGAUCUGGAUCUUAGACUUAAGGGAUCUCAAUCAAGACGGGUAAUUGCAUCCACAAAAGUUCAGUUGGGACAGAAGAAAUCUUUCGAAGUGGAAAUGUCAUGGGAUGCUGAUCGACAACCAGAAAAGAAAGUUUCUUUCACUUCAAAAGGAGAAGUUGCUAGCACCAGUUACUCUGUAAGUUCACAAUUGCAAAUAGCUGAUUUACUAAGCUUAUCUUUCACCGAAUCUGGACAAAAAUCUAUUUUGGGUAACCACCAAGGCAGCGUAGAAGCCAGCAUUAAAAACCAUCAACCAAUUCGUGUAGAUUAUAGCCAUAAGUUAUCCAACGGACAAAGUAAAUGUCAGCUUAAAUUCUCUAGGAAUAAUGUCGAAAAAGUUGAAGCAAAGUUGGAAAUGAAGUCAAUGAAAUCUUCAAAUGGACAAAACUUAGACAUGAAAGCUUCCUUAACAUCAUUGGUUAAUUCUUUCCAAACUAAAGAAAUUGAAAUUAGGCAUUCGAGCCAAAAAAGUGGUUCAUCAGUGGAAAGGCAAACUUCAAUCCGUAUCCAAAGAUCUCCUAGUAAACAGUACAAAGCGGAAUUAAGCUCCGAAUCUCAACCCAAAGGAGUUCAAAUUAGAGCACAGGUAAAUACUCCUCAUAAAAUGUUUUCUCAACAAACUGCAGUUAUGUCCUUCCAAAAAUCAGACAGCUCUAUUUCUUCAAGUUUAAGUAUUGAGCUCCCAGAAAACAAAUUGUUCUCCAUCAGCUCUGAGAUGCAAAAGCGAAGCCAUGAAGCAAGCGCUACAGUAGUUGUCAAAUCUCCAUUUGAGUCAGCCCAAGAAAUUAAAGUACAUUUCGCAGUUGAUAACCACAGAAGCAUUAAAAGCUUUCUUUCUUAUUUGGAUGUGAACAGCGCUAGGUUAGCUGAUGUGGAAGCAACCAUGACCCAAUCACCAAGUGAAACAAAUCUGCGAUGGCAACUGAAAGUUUCUCCAUCUCCAAAGGUAAAAUUCCAAGGAUUGCGCAUGUCUCUCAAGCAAACUAAAUCGUCAUUAGAACUUUCUGGAGAAGUUCAAAUGCAAGGAGAAAAAACAAUUACCAUUUCUUCUCAAGUAUCUAAGCAAAGAUCUGGAAUUUCUGCUUCUUUCAGCUUGAACACACCAUUUAAAAGACUUCAAAGUAUUAAUACUUCUUUGAUGCAAUCUAAAAGUUCAGUACAGCUUGCAGGAUCAGUUCGAUACAUGGAAGACAAAGAAAUUUCAGUAAAAUCUGAAUUCGCAAAGGAAGCAUCCAAACUUUCUGCAACAUCAACUCUUUCAACUCCUUACAGUCUUAAAGAUGCUAAAGCACAUAUUUCAAUUGAAAUGGAACCAUCACAAAAAAGUCUCAUUGCUUUCAUUGAUGCUAAUGGACAACGAAAAGGAGAUGUUGAAAUCAGUUACUCUUCAUCAUUCAGUGGAAUGGAACUGAAAAGCCGUAUGAAAACAGCUCAUUCUCAAGAGUUAUCAUCUCGCAUCAAGUUGGAAAAAGAUGAAAAAUCAUUCACCUUUCAAGCAAAGAUGGUAAAAGGAGCAUCGACUUUACUGUCAUCCAGAAACAGACUACAAUCAGAAAGCAUGGAACAGACUCUAUUAGAUCUUCAAAUCUCAAGACAACCCUCUUCCGACCCUAGAAGCAGCGAUUUGUACAGCAUGAGAUUGUCUGGACCAGUAACACCCUUAACUCUAAGCAUGUCAACAUCUCGCAUCCAGGGUAAUGGACUAUACAUAGAGGCUAGUGCAUGCCAAGAAUCUCAAAGUAAAUGUUAUAAAUUGAAAACAACACAAAAAACUCCAAAGAACUCUCAAAAAUAUCAUCUUCAUCAAGAACUGUCUGUAGAACUCGAAAAAUUAACUGGCUCAAGAAGUGAAGUAGUUGGCACAGCCCACUUACUUGCAAGUGCAGAACAACGUGACUUCAUAUCAAAAAUUACAGUUGAAUUCCAAGGACAGACUCUUGGCUACGAAAUCAGAGCUCACAAAAGAGUAAAUGAAAAUGACCACUGUACCAUUGAUGCCCACAUCUUUAAACCAAGUGAAACAUCUCGAUUUAGAGCCAGUGUUUUGCACAGUCAUGGCCGACUUUCCCUGGAAAUUGAAGCUACUCCAGAUUCUUCAGUUCCAAACAAAAAGUUUGCCCUGGAAAUCCAAAGAGAACAUAAAAACAAAAACGAAUUGUCUGGAUCCCUUAAAUUGUCUUCCCCCAAAAGUGAAAAGCCAAUCAUUUUGACUGUCCAAAUGCAGAAACAAGGUUUGAUUCCAGUUCAAGGAAAAUGGGUGCUCCAAUACUCCUCUAUCGAAGGAUCAAGAACUCAACAAAAAGUUUGGACUUUAGAAGUUUCUUCUCAUUUGCAACAAAGAUCUCAAGGAAAGAAAUUCCUUAACUACAAGCUUUACAAUGCCGAUCGAAGUAUAAGCGCUUCUCUUGAAAUGAAAAAGGAGAGCUCCAGACUUCAAGAUUCUUAUGGAUAUGAAUGGAGUUACCAGAAACAAUCCAGUCUUAAGAAAGGAGGAGUUUCAAUUAAGCUUUCUCAAAAAAUGAACGGUCGACCUCAACAUCUUGACAUUACUUACUAUACUCCAAAUGUGGCUUUAGAAAUUCAAGGACGAGCAACACAAGCACCACAUGUUAAAAUGUCACUCCGAUCAACUGGACAAAAAACUAAAGAAGUUAAAAUUGUAUCAAACAAUAACUGUGUUGAAUUGCAAGUACUUGAAUCAGCUCCUAUCUGGAAAAGCUCUCUUUGCGUCAAUAAGCGAGUUGGAGAAACUUUGCAAUUCGUAAGUGCUGAUGCUUACUAUCGUAGACACAAGAGUUUGGACUUCAGCGUUGGAAUUGACCCUCAAACUGAAUCUUUCAUUACAAUCCAAAUGCAAUGGGAUAAAAAAGACAUUGUUCGUGCUCUGGAGGAGGUUACUGGUUUAAAUGAACUUCUGCAAGAUCGUUCUUUGCAAGAAUUAGAAGAGAAAUUGAGACAGGAAAUCGAAAAAUUGAAAAACGAUGUUAUUAUGCCCGUUUACAACGAAAUUAUGGAUAAAAUUAGACACUUGAAACAAUUGCAGGAACAACGAGUCAGAAAUCUGCUCGAACAACAUCAAGAAAUGUUGCAAGACCAAGUUAAACGAUUCCAACAAUAUAAGGAGUCUAUUGCUAGCUUGCUUGAAUCAAUCAUACCCUGGGAGUACAUUCACGACGAAGUACUUGUUCCUGUAUAUCAAUCUUUGAAAUGCGUAAUGGAUUCCUACUUGCAACUUGCAAUGAAACACAUCCCAGAUAUCUCUAGAAUCAUCAUGGAAGCUACAAAAGAACAACUCGAAUACUGUUUGAAGAAGUUCUGCGUUGCUGGAACCUUUUGCUACGAUAUCAGACGAGUAUAUGAACGUCAAGGACUGCAACAGGCUCAACAAUUAACCAUGCAAAAAUUGAUCAAAGUUCAGCAAUCAAUCCAGAAACAAUGUUGGGAACAAAUGGAGCAAUGGAUUCCUGAAUACAGUCAAAAACUUGCUGAAAGCAUUGAAAAGUAUGCACAAAAUGUCGAGGAGAUUAUCAAGACAAUCAUUGAAUCUGAAGCCUUUGCAAAAGUAAUUGAAUACAGUAAGAUAGUCAGUGAAAAAGUUUUCCACUAUAGCACUGUAGCCGCUGAAAAAGUUCUUAUCAAGCUGGGCAAAAUUUUCCACAUUAUUAGCGAAGAUGAAGAUUUCCAAACUAUUCGAUCUAUGACUAAGUUUAUGACUGAAGGUGUUGAGAACCAGGUAAAGAGCAUGUGGCAGAACAGGGAAAGCUAUGUGAGACAGCUUAAAAACAUUAUGAGAAAAGUAUGGGAACUCAAAGACGAACUGAAAUCCCAACUGAAGAGCCAAUGGGAAAACAGGGAUGAAUACAAAAGAAAAAUCCGAAGCGUAUGGGAAGAAUGCAAAAGAAAAAUUCAAAAAGUAUGGGAAAACAGGGACAAUUAUCUCAGAAAGCUGAAAAAUGCAUGGGAAAACAAGGAAAAACAUCUCAGAAAAUUACAAAAUGCAUGGGAAGACAAAGAAUCUUUUGUCAAGCAAGAAUUGGUCCCUCUGAAGCAAAGUUUAAUGAGCAAAAGCAAGGAAUUGAUGCAAGGUCGAUUAGAAGUCCCACAAUUUGAUCUUCAACAAGGAAACAUCAAGGUUUUAGUUCGUCACCCCCUUACACAAAGCCACAUCCAAGUAGUGCAAAACGUAUUGAGAGCUUGCCAACAAAAAAUGCAGCAACUUAUUAGUCAACCUUGAUCAUAAAUGGACUUUUAUUUAAUAUAUGUGUGUGUCUUAUUUAAUUGCCGAUUUUUAAAUUAUUAAAAUUAUUUAUAAAGUGUAAAAAUUGAACAUAGGUGUCCAAUAAAUGUUUCAAAGCUAUAAA